AUGUCUAACGUCUACUUCGAUGUCUCCGCCGAUGGCCAAAAAUUAGGAAGAAUUUCCUUCAAAUUGUACAACGAUGUUGUCCCAAAGACCGCUGAAAACUUCAGAGCUUUAUGUACCGGUGAAAAAGGUUUCGGUUACAAGAGCUCCAUUUUCCACAGAGUUAUCCCACAAUUCAUGUUACAAGGUGGUGAUUUCACCAACUUUAACGGUACUGGUGGUAAGAGUAUUUACGGUACCAAAUUUGCUGAUGAAAACUUUGCCAAGAGACACGAUAGACCAGGUUUAUUGUCCAUGGCCAAUGCUGGUCCAAACACCAAUGGAUCUCAAUUUUUCAUUACCACUGUCCCAUGUCCAUGGUUAGAUGGUAAACACGUUUGUUUUCGGUGA